CGAACAUUUUAUUAAAAUUGCAAGUAUUUAAACUUACAACAGAGAGCAGAGUUGGAGCCACUUUGGGACAACCGGAACAAAACUAAACUAAAAUAUUAAAAUUUAACUGAGAACGGAGCGGAGAAUGGAGUUCCGGGCCUUAAAGACCCGGAUUGGAGCUUGAUUAGAAUGAAGGGGCGAAGCCCUCCUUUUAUAGGAGAAAUUUUCGGUCCAGGCCUCUGACAGGCGUGGGCCUGAGACAGUUGAUAGCAAGGUCGCGGAUUGGGUCAACCAUAUCCCUGCUGGAUCAAUCCAGACAUGGGAUGAAUUGGGACUACGGUUCCUGGAGCAUUUUGCCGGGAACUGCCGCCCCAAGAAGCAUUUCACUCACUUAGCUUCAGUACGACAGAAGCAUGGAGAAUCCUUGAAAAAUUUCCUUAUCCGAUGGAGGAAAGAGUCCAGGGAGGUUUAAGGAACCGACGAUAAAUCUAGGUUGGCUAUGUUCACAGCGGCAUUACAAGAUGGACUCCUUCACACCGAUCUUACUACUCAUCCCCCGGAUACCUUCGAAGAAGCAAUGGUCCGGGCGAGGAGGUAUGUGACCCUGGAAGAAAGAAAGGAGGAGAAGAAAGAGAAGACUCCCAAAGAAGAAGACAAGACUGGAAAUAAGAAGCCGUUCAAAAACAAGAAGCAAGGAUUCCCGGAUGGCCCAAAGGGCACAAGUCCCGGGACCUCGGAGAAGCACAAAUCUGCCAAUCCAGUCUUCACAUUGCCGGUGGCUGAGGUCAUGGCCCACGCUGCACAGCAGGGACUCAUGACUUAUCCAACCUAUUCUCAAAAGGUCUGCAAUGUGGAGGAUACUGGAAAGUGGUGUGCUUACCAUCGCAAGAAUGAUCACAAUACGGAAGAUUUCUAUACCCUGAAGAAUGAGAUGGCAAGGCUAAUCCGCCGGGGUCAUCUGAAGAAGUUCGUGCAAGAUGGAGAUGCGGGAAAUCCCGGGAACGCUCCGAAUGGAAAGCGCAGAGAUAAAGAAGUGGCCCAGGAUGAGACCCGGGAGAAACGCCACAUUGGGCUUGAAGAUGAAGAGGAGGAUUCGGAACCUGCACCGCAUCGCCAGAAGAGACACCAUGGGUGUAACUUCAUCAUUGGAGGGAAUACUGGCGGAGACUCAGCCGCAAGCCGGAAGAAGUGGGCAAACGCGGCGAUGGUCAACAAGGUGCUGGUCCCAGAAGGUAAGAAGCUGAAAACCGAGCCAAUUGUAUUUUCUAAUGCUGAUCUUCCGGAGACAGGGGUCCCCCAUAGGGAUGCCCUAGUGAUUACUAUUGAUAUAAUGAACUUACUGAUCCACAAAACCCUUGUGGAUACGGGAAGCUCCGUUAAUAUCAUGUAUAUGGAUACGUACAAGGCUCUUGGUUUGACAAGGGAUGAAUUGUCACCCAUCAAAACUCCACUGACCGGGUUCACUGGUGACUCUAUUGAACCGGAGGGGGUGAUAACCCUCCCGGUUGAGAUAGGGGAUACUAAGGCUACCCGGAAGUUGGACAUGGAGUUUGUUGUGGUGGGGAUAAUCUCCAGCACAAACAUCAUCCUGGGCAGACCCGGGUUGGAAGAUUUGGAGUGUGUCAUCUCACCUCGUCAUCUAUGCAUAAAAUUCCCGACCCCCCACGAAGUUGGAAUUGCCAGGGGAUCUCAGAGAGUGUCCCGGGCAUGGUAUUUGAAGGCAACUAAACAGCCGGUCAAGUACGAUACCCAAGUGGGAAAGGUGACUACGCAGCUCCUGAGGGCUGAGGAAAAACGUCCCAGAGUAGAAGUUGUUGGCAACAUUGAAGAAGUGGAACUGGAGCCAGGCAUGUCGGGAAGGUUGGUUAGGAUUGGCAAGGGCCUGGGGGCUGAACUCAGAUCACGAGUGAUUUCAGUCCUUAGAAGGUUCAGGAGGGUCUUUGCGUGGAGUCCAGCUAAUAUGCCAGGGCUGGAUCACAAGAUUGCAGUUCAUCGCCUAAAUGUCCUGCGGGAUGCUAAACCAGUGAAGCAGAAACGGAGGCAUUUGUCGCAGGAAAGAAGAGAUUUCGUGAAAAAGGAGGCUCACCGGAUUGUUGUGCUCACAAAUGAGCCUUUGGCGUCACUUGCCCGAAGCCCGGCGGCAUCUGCCCGGAUGACCAAGUGGGCAGUCUUCAUCUGUCAGUAUAACGUGGAGUUCAGGCCGCGCCCAUCGAUCAAGGGGCAAGCACUCGCCGACUUUCAAGUUGAGUGCACCGCCAGGGAGAUGACAAGAGCCCAAAUUGAAACCCGGGUGGAAAAUGACUGGUGGGUAAUGAGCAUCGAUGGAUCUUCUGGAGCUCGAUCUUGCAGAGCAGGUAUCGUCUUGACCACUCCAGAAAAUUUCCGGAUUUAUUACGCUAUCAGAUUUCAAUUUCGCGUAUCCAACAAUGAAGCUGAGUAUGAGGCCCUGAUCAACGGAUUGAAGAUUCUCAAUAAGUUGGGGGUGGCCAGGGUUCAGGUUUACAGCGACUCCCGAUUGGUGGUGGGACAAAUCACUGGGGAGUUUGAAGCAAAGGAAGAAAGGAUGAAAAGGUAUCGAGACUUGUCAUUAGAAAUGUUGGGGAAGUUUGAGUUUAAGCUUGAACACAUACCCCGGGCCCAGAACGCGGAAGCUGAUGUUCUAUCCAAGCUCAGCGCAGAGUCACCAGAAUACAUAAGCAAAUUAGCAACCGUCGAGGAGCUGGCAACCCCGAGUCUUAACAGAAAUGAGGUGAUUUGGGUAUCAGUUGAUCCCCCGGAAUGGCUGGACAGGGCAGCAGAGGCAAAAGCACUAAUGGAAGAGAUACACAAAGGAGUGUGUGCUGCACAUCAGGGUCCAUACUCUGUCUCCAGAAGGGCGAUUAUCCAGGGAUAUUUCUGGCCAACGAUGAAGAAGGAUUGCGAAGAGUACGUACGCAAGUGCCCGACUUGCCAACAGUUCCAAAAUAUGCCCGGGAGGCCAGCCACGAAUUACACGCCCAUCAGCUCUGUGAUUCCCUUCUCAAGAUGGGGGAUUGAUAUUGUGGGAGCCCUGCCGAAAGGAGCUGGGCAGGCAAGAUGGAUUGUGGUGGCAAUAGACUAUUUCACCAAGUGGGUGGAAGCUGAGCCACUUGCUGGGAUUACCGGAAGGCAAAUGAUCGACUUCGUCGGAACAAAUAUACUCUGCAGGUUUGGGGUCCCGAGGCAGAUCAUAUCUGACAAUGGAACCCAGUUUGAGGAAGCAGAGUUUCAAGACUUCCUCAAAACUUGGGGAAUUCAGCAUACAAAGGUGUCUGUUGCCUACCCUCAGGCUAAUGGACAAGUGGAGAACGUCAACAGGACAAUCACAGACGGAAUAAAGAAGAAGCUACUUUCAGAAGGAAGCAAAUGGGUAGAUGAACUACCCAGAAUCCUAUGGACAUACAGGACAACUCCAAGGAGAGCUACGGGUGACACUCCUUUUGGCUUAGCUUAUGGUUUUGAAGCCCGGGCUCCCGCUGAGGUAGUAAUCCCCACCAAGAGAGAAAUGGAAUAUGACCCGGAGGUGAACGAGCAGAAUCAGGCCGUAGAGCUGAAUUUUGUAGAGGAACGAAGGGAUGAAGCACGGAUCCGGGCAGAGAAUUAUCGACGCCAGGUAAAAUCUUACUUUGAUAGCAAGGUGAAACCAAGGGCGUUCCAGGUAGGGGAUUACGUCCUGAGGAAACGAGAGAAAAGUCAACCAACUAAGGGUGGGAAGCUGGCUAAGAAGUAUGAAGGACCUUAUAUCAUCAAGGCCGUUGUUCGCCCAGGAAGAACAGCAAGCAGACUUCGAGGGCUGAAGCUUAGUAUUCCACCAGCAGAGAUCAACCGAGCAAACAAACUUCGAGGGUUGGAGCUCAACUGAUCUAAGGUAGAUAAGAGUAUGCCUUAACCCGGAGGAAAGGAGGCAAGGGGCAGAUGAGGUAAGUUCCCCUGGCAGGGCCAAACCCCGGGAGAUGAGAUUUUAUACAGAGAAUGAUUUACAUACUUGCAUUAGAAAAGGUGCAAAGAAACAGCUAUUAAGGACCACAUUGAUGGGCCAAAGUUUACAUUUUUGGUUCACAAGAAAGGUUCCUAGUAAGA